AUGAAGUCUAAAUGCAAGUGUGGGGAUGUAUUUGGCUUUAAGAUAAUUGAAGCACUCAGGCUGAUUGGUGAACUAGAAAGGGAGCAAGCUCUCAGACGUUUUGUAACCAGUACCAAACGUGGAUGUGCAGGUAGACUAACCUUUCCUGGCACUGGGCAGGUUUCUGGCUGCAUUCAUAUUCAAAGAAUGCAGCUGCCAGAAUCCAUACUCGAGAGCCUGGACAAAGGUACAAUUAUUGACUUGUAUACUUACAAUGCACAGUCAAUCACUAGUAAGAAGAUGCAAUAUUAAUUUUUUAAAAUACAAUUUUCAUAUCAAACUGAGAAUUAAUUCUGUUCAAAACAAUGAGGAUUGAACUUUUAAUAUCUGAACACUUUUAAGCAAAGAAUAGUACUUUUAGUUUAAAGAAGCAAUACCAUUUCAUUCUAUUUUUUCUCAUUUGGGUUGAACUGUGUAAUAUCAGUAUUGGUCAUCUUGGCAACAUUUGCGGAUUGUGGAAGCUGUAAUCUUAUUUCCAAAACACCUCAUUGUACUCAUUUCAUUUCCUGUAUGUACUUAAAUGUGUAUAUUAAGGGAAAACGGCUCUAAAAAUCAUUACUUAUAGCUUUCUCAAUAAUCAUCUUUUUUUAAAGCAUUUUCGAGCACGAGGAACGCACCUACACCCUGUAAUGGAAGUUCUGUGAAUGUUAAAGUAUGUAUUUAUAUUUCCUUGCCCUAUCCCAUUUUUUGCUAUAUUUUAAGCAUAAAGGGAUUUUUUGGUUAUUCAAAAGUAAUGUUUCUAUUUUUUGUGUUAUUAUUAUGUCAUGUAAUUAAUGCUUUCUGGAAAUUUUAAUGGCUUGGAAAUCCAGCAUGGGUUUUUAAGGGUGUUAAAUUUUGGUCCAGGCAUUUUUUUGGGUUUUGUUUGAAGCCCUAAGGAUUUUUUCACCCAUUAAAUUUUUAUCUGGAGUACCCUCUCCCCCCCUGGGCUUUAAGCCUAGAAAUUUAACUUUUGUGCAUCUUCUGUUUACGGCUAUCAUAUAUGUUCACGCAUGAAUUCACCCGUUGAUCAAACUAAUCUGAUUUUUUUAAUGGUUAAUUAAUUAUUUUAAAAUUUUGUAUUAAAUCCUCCUUUAUGAUUAUUGAAAAGUUGGUAUAGCACAUACCCCCUAAGUUUUCUAUUGGUUUUUUAAGCAGCAAGUUAAUGCAGCUCAAGCCGUGCCAGUGAUCACUAGUAAGUAUUUAACCUUCUUUUGCCUGUGAUUAAGUAGUUAACAUGAAAAAAUAUUCUCAGCAAAAAGGAUUCAGAUAGUACAUUAUUAGCACAUAUGCCUGGUUUUCACUGGGGACGCAAGCACAAGUGUAUAAGCUCUAAAGUCUUGUGUCAAAGGAAAACAAAGGCUUUCAUUUGCAUUUAGAAGUCAUAGGUGUAUCCAACGUAUCUUGUAUUAUUAGUUUCAGAAAACAUUGCAGUUUCUGACCAGAUGCCAGGGGAAGCCGAUCCCCAGCAGGUGGAAGAAACCAACAUUGAGCUUCAAGUUAAUGCUAACUCACAAGGAAAUACUACCCAAUGUGAGCCCUUAAAAGGUUUUUUUUGUAUGUGUUAAAUUCAUGUAUCAAUUUAUCUACCAACUUGAAGUGUUUGCAAAUUUUUGUUUUUAUGAUAUUUGAUUUAUCAGUGAG